AUGAAGUCUGUUUAUCCAUCAUCCACCCCAAUCCCGACAGAAAGCUGCGUCAUCGACACUUCCAUGGUCCCCGUCACCAUCGCGCCACUUACCUCGGUCCCGACCUCGACCAUCAUUCCCACAAAGACAGUUUGCCAGGAAGACGCGCCGACCGGUAAACCGAAGCCCGGUAAUAAUCAUUGCGGCGUUCACGGAUUGCCUGUGGGCAACUACUUCCUAGCGCGAUUUGUCGAGAAUGCGCCCGGUGUACCUGUAACCUUGGAGGGUUGCUACCAAUUCUGUGCUAGUGUCAUGGACGCCACUAAUGGCUGCAAAGCCUACCGCUUCUAUCCCGAGAGGGGCCUCAACGUCCAGCGAUGCGACCUCUAUGGUAGCAGCGUCGCCUACGCCUUGGAUUCUAUUAAUAACGAUCACCCCGACAUAUGGUUUGACCUCAGUUGCGGCUCUCCAUCGGACGAGAGGUGGGCGCACCUCCCCGGAAUGACUCGUCUCCGGAAGCUGGGGCUGUUGGGGUAG